AUGCAGCAACAAGGGGAUCAGCCCUCAAUCCCAGAGCCAGGAACUCCACCUCGUCCACCUUAUUCCCCGGUAACCCCUGUGUUUGCCCAUCUCGCGCCAGUCGCCUCCAAUGAACCAUCAAUCGUCCCGCCACCUGCAUCUCCUUCUCCAACCUCAAACCUCCCCCCAACAUAUGUCAGCUAUUCACACCCGCCUCCUCCACCAAAUCCACCAGUCUUCAAACCCCGACCGCCACCUGUCCCUAUCUCCGAGAGCGAAAAUCCAGAUGCCAUCGCGCUCCGUUCCGCCAUCUCAAUCCUGCAAAUGCAGAAGCAGCAAAGUUUGCGCGACAUCCAGGCUUUGGAUCGCAUGAAAGAAGCCGCUGCCGCUGAUCCAGAGGGAUUUGCGCACGAAUUGGCAGCAGGUCGGUUGAAGACUGAGGACCAUGGUGCUGUGAUCCAGUUCUCCGAGGACGAUGCGGGGGACGACGAAGAUAAUGACAAAGGCUCAAAACGAACAAACCCAGACGGCUCACCGGCCUCGAAUUUCGGUCAUAUCCCUGUGCCACAAAACAUCGUCCGUAUGCCCCCAAUCAAUUGGGCCAAGUAUCAGGUUAUCGGGGAACCCCUUGAUCGCAUGCACCAGGAGCAAUUACAUCGACCGAGCUCUGGGGAGCCGGGAAGGGGACGUGCACCGGAGCAUGUCCUGGCAUCGCCGUAUCGACCGCUGGUAGAUCAGUUAGAAGGACCACCGAAACUCGGCCGUCCGAGCAAGACGAAGAAGAAUUGA